GGCUGGCAGUUAUUUCUCAGAACCAAGCACAGAUAAAUAAGGGUUCAACGAGUUUGUCCUCUUGCAGAGUCCCGUUUGAAGCAGUGCUCUUACUGGCUCCUGCUCCAGCUCUUCACUUUUUGUUAAGAAAAGUAACAUCGCAGACAUGGCCCCAGAGAUUCACAUGCCAGAACCCAUGUGCCUCAUUGGGAACAGCGAGGAACACCUAGUGACUAACCAGGAGGCCCUGAAGAUCCUGUCUGCCAUCACACAGCCCGUGGUGGUGGUGGCCAUUGUGGGCCUUUACCGAACAGGCAAAUCCUUCCUGAUGAACAAGCUGGCUGGGAAGGAGAAUGUGAUACUCACCAGAAUGACCCGAGACAUGCUUCAAAUUUGUUCUCAUUUCCAGGUUGAUGAAAAGAAUGAUACUCAGAUCUUCGCACUGGCAAUCCUGCUCAGUAGCACCUUCGUAUACAACACCAUGAACAAAAUUGACCAGGGGGCUAUCGACCUACUGCACAAUGUGACAGAACUGACAGACCUGCUCCGAACAAGAAACUCCUCGGAUCCUAGUAAAACUGAGGGACCUGCUGACAUGAGCUUCUUCCCAGACUUGGUGUGGACUCUGAGAGAUUUCUUCCUGGACCUGGAAGCCAAUGGACAUGCUAUCACAUCAGAUGAAUAUCUGGAGAAUUCGCUGAAGCUGAAGCAAGGUAGUGAUGAAAGAACUCAGACAUUCAAUCUGCCGCGGCUGUGCAUACAGAAGUUCUUCCCAGUAAAGAAAUGCUUUGUUUUCGACUCUCCUGCUCUGGGAAGUAAGCUUUCCCAGCUUCAAACACUCAGCAACGAGGAGCUGAAUCCGGAUUUUGUGCAGGACCUUGCAGAAUUCUGUUCUCACAUCUUCACCCAUUCUAAGACCAAGACGCUUCCAGGAGGCAUCCAGGUCAACGGACCUCGUCUAGAAAGCCUGGUGCUGACUUAUGUCGAUGCCAUCAACAGUGGGGCUCUGCCUUCCAUAGAGAACACAGUGGUAACUUUGGCCCGGAAGGAGAACUCAGCAGCAGUGCAAAAGGCCAUUGGUCACUAUGAUCAGCUGAUGAGCCAGAGGAUGCAGCUGCCCACAGAGACCCUCCAAGAGCUGCUGGACCUGCACCGGACCUGUGAGCGAGAGGCCAUAGACAUCUUCAGGAAGCAUUCUUUCAAAGAUGAGGAUGAAUGUUUCCAGAAGGAAUUGGAGAGCCUACUAAGUGCAAAGCAUGAUGAGAUUUGUAAGAAGAACGUGGAUGCUUCUGCAGCCCUCUGCUCAACCCUAAUUCAGAAUAUUUUUAAGCCUCUGGAACAAGAACUGGCACAGGGGCUCUACCGUAAAUCAGGAGGCCACAAGCUCUUCCUUCAGAGGAUGGAACAGCUGAAGGCACAAUACCGUCAGCAACCAGGGAAGGGAACACAGGCUGAAGAAGUGCUGCAGACCUAUUUGAACGGCAAAGAAACAGUGAGCCGUACAAUUCUACAAACAGACCAGAUUCUCACAGUCAAGGAGAUCCAGAGGAAAGCGGAACAAGAAAGAGCAGAGGCUGCCCGGGUCGAAGCACAGAGGUUGGAGGCUAUUCGCAUCCAGGAGGAGCAAAGGAAAGCAGAGCAGAAGAGACAGCAUCAAGAGCAACUGAGGCAAAUACAGACAGAGAGGGAAAGAUUUGAGAGAGAGCAAGAGAGGAUCCGGAAGCAGAGGAUCCAGGAAGAGGCUGAAAGAAUCAAGGCAGAGCAGGAGGCUCAACUCCGAGCACUUCAACAGCAGCUCCAACAAGCGAGGGAAAUGAGGCACCGCAGACAUCAUGACUGCAUUAUAAGCUAAUACACCAAAACCUGGGCCCCCCUUUCUCCUUUCUUCUCGUUGAAGACACAAAGGAACAAGAGAUUGAAGGAUUUCAGACAGUUGAUAGUUAAGAAGCCCCAGUGCCCCCUGUCUAACUGCCAUAUUUGUCUCAAGGUAUUUUAUGUUACUCAGGGGAUGUUAAUGGAGUAGAACUUGGCCAAUCUCUACAACUCACAUGGUAUCUCUUCUUCUGGUGGACAUAGGAAGAAGGUACCAAAGAAAAAUCAGAAAAGAUUCAUAUUUCUCAACAGGGUGGAGUUCCCUAGUCUGUGGGCAGUGGGCUGGCUCCUCUGUACAGUCAGCUGACCAUCAUCUUGUUCUUCUUCCAUUCCGUUUCUUUCUUGGGAGCCCAAACACAUUAUAAUAAACCUUGUCACCUGGUUAGCUGUCAUGUCACUCACACAUGGAGGGAGGUUUGUUCCUCUAGAAUUUUGCUGUGUCCACAUUCUAUCUCUUGUCAUGUGAUUAGUAGUAAAGAAAGUCUCUUUAAUUUUGAUACACAAAAAUCACCAUUUUUCUGUUUCCAGUUUUCUUCCUUAAAGUCAAUACUUGCCUGGGUAUAUUACUCACUUUGUACCACAGGGAUUCUUAACCACAGUAAUUACACUGAUUUUAAAUCAUUUUGAUGAUUUAAAAUUUGAAGUUAUUAAAUGAUUCCUCACUAUUCUAAGCCUGUCUCUGU